GUUAGCGCUCCGCUCGCCUCACUUGUAUACAAGCGGAUACAAAGUUCAGAAGUCCUAGCCGAGUCUUAGCCGCUUCUAAAAUAUUAGCCGAGAUGUAGCCGCCUAUCGCUUUAGCCGACUAGUGCGGUAACCGACCGAUUUUGAAUUUAUCGUUUCGAAUUUGUAUCUAUAGUAACGUAGCUGAGUAGUUUUCGUGUUAUUUCGCAACAUUUAUGUAAUAUUUUGUUUGAUGGUAGUGUGUAGAUUAUUUAGCACAAUUACAGCAUCGCAAAUCUAGAAUCUACGAUGGCCCAUAUGCUCAGAAGUGUCUAUCUACUGGGAGCCGGCAAGGAUAUAGGCACAGCCCUACUGUGUCUCUUGACUAGGCUGAGUCUACCGGAGGGUUUUGCCAAACUCCGCUGAGGAUGUCAGAGUUACAAGGAAUGUCGCUCGAUGAGGGUCGUCAGUCUCAGCGGCCGUACCGUUACGGCAUGGUGCUGCUGUGUGCGGGCGCGCUGAUCAACUGGCUGGGCCUGGCCGAGGACUACGCGGAGCCGGUCCGCUACGUCGGCGUGGCGUGCAUCGUCGCCGGCGCCCUGCUCAUCUGCGCCGCCAUGUGCUGCUGGCUCCAGUCGCCCAGGCAACCGCAUGAUCGCGCGUCGCCGGAUACACAUCAGAUUGACGAUCCCAUUCACGUGAUAUCGAUGCCUGACGAGGAGACGAUGCAACAGAAGCCGCCGGACUACGACACGGUGGCGGGCGCGCCGCCCACCUACGACGACGCAAUCAAGCUCAACCCCGCGCGCCUGCUGCCCGCCGGGCCCAGCCGCGACCCCCCCGGCAUCCCCGGCCAGGCCAGCCCGCCGCCGGCCCCCGUCCACCGCGCCGUGCCCAAGACCCCCCCGCCCCCCUACCGACCCCCCCACGCCAUCAGAUGAAAGCCCGGCCCCCGGUCUGUGCCGCUAAAAUCGACUGCCGUUUCGAGUGAUGCGUAGGCGCGAGUGAGCGCGGAGUCGGAACGCGUACUUAUGUGAUAUUAAACUGUUAAUUAGUUACUUAAUUUACCUCCCCGCUGUAUAUAUCGUAUUCCAGUAGCGAUGGAAAGAAACUGAUCUUUAGUCGUAAACUUCUUCCAGGUAUUUUAAGUGGAAAUUUUGUGCGCACUCGCAACGACGCGGCCGUCGGACGAAACUUAAGACAAAAGACUGAUAAAUUAGGAAUUUCUAAAACUUUUUAUACGCCUUCGAACCUCCCGACCAUCGGAUUCGAUCGGCCAGUCCGCGCUACCGAUUCUCCGACGGUAUGCACGAUCGUUUCGAGUCGAUGAAACCCGUAAACGAAAUAGAAUAUAGCAUUUAAUCACUGUGCCAUCUCUGGAAAAGUGUAGUACGUGUGAUUAUGUCGGUACAGUAUUAUGUAUAUAAGCCGUCGUUAUAUAACUUAAUAUCCAUAUCGAGAAGGUAGUGUUUUUGCUCAAGCGAGUCGUCGAUGUGAUCACGUUAGGAUGGGUGACGUCGAUUGAUUAUGUCUACUUCGGCGAAAGCAAUAUUGUAUAAAUAAAUAUAAGCACUUAGCGUUAGCCUUUCGUUUACGAUUGACGGCAAUAAUAGGAUGAAUAUAUUGUUGACUGUUUUAUGUUACCAUUAAUUACCACUUACCACAUAGCACGACUUGCCGUUGACCUCUAAAACUUUAAAUAUCUGAACGUUUCAUUUUAUUUUGCUUACCUACUGUUAUUAUCUUUUUUGACCAUUUUGUAAGCAACCGUUUCAAUUAAAUUGCCUAUGGGUUCCCUUAUUUUCUACUCGUUUCGACGAUUAAGGACUUUAUAAUCUAACCAACUUGAUAUCUCUUCAAUAAUGAAUAUUUCAUAACCACCAUAGGAAAUUGAAUUGAAAAUUGCCAGUCAGGAAAUUGUAUUAAGUUUCAUUUUGAUGUUUGUUGAGUAAUUUAUAUCUUGUUACAUUAUUUCUGUUUCAUUGCCCUAAUUUUGUGUUCAGUCAGCGAUGCGAUACAAUAUUUAAAGUAAAAUAUUUUGUAUGACCCAAUAGACUAAAUCCUGUGAUGAAAUGAGGAACGAUAUGCUCUGCAUGAUAAAAAGGCGAAAUAUAUGACGCUGUAUAAGAGAUACUCAAUUAAUACGCUGUCCUUGUCUUCAAGGAGGACAGAGAUAGCGUGGAAUUGAGGAGUCCCUUACUAGAAUAGAAGCACAUGCGAAUUCGAUGUUGAAAUUAACUGUAGUAUCAAAAUUUAACCCGGUAUUGAUUUCAAAAGCACCGUAACAUCAGUUGAUUUUAAGUUGAACGCACUAUAGAUGAUUACUAUUUCUAUAUUAUUAGUCUUGAUUAACUAUCAUUAAGAAUCACGAUCAAUUUUUAAAGUCCUUAUCCUAAUUAUUUGGAAUAAAAAAUAAAAACUUAAACGUUUGCCUAACAGUUUCUGCCUGAGAUAGCGUCACCUAGAUCCAAGUUAAAAUCAAGGCCUAAUAAAAUAGUAAUAGCUUAAGUACCUUUAUUUAUCUGAGCUUAUUAAUUGGGACCAAAGUAUCAACACCCCUCUGCUGUUUGUCAACGUUAGGAUUUACAAUGCUGAAGUUGUGCAUUUAUUAAUAGUUUAUUAAUUUGGGUGUACAUUCAGAAUAAAUGUUGUUGCGAAA